UCGGGGGGGUGUGGUCGCGCUGCCUGUCGGGACGGUGGCGGUGCUGCGCUCUUGAGUCUCAGCUCUUCUCGUCCGGCUUGGAAAGCAAACUGAAACCCUUCAAACACCGGCCUGCUUUUUACUCCUCCCCCCCGAGGCCUUGAUUAUAUGUGUUUUGUUGUUUGUUUGUUUUUAAAGGAUUCAGAAGGUAGAUCGAUAAAUAAAUUAAAACACCCUACAGAAGCGCUAAAACACGUUUUCUGAGCUCGGCGAGGGUCGGGCGGCGAGCGAAGCGGAGAGCAGCGGGGAGGAGGAGCGGGGAGCGGGGAGCGGCGCGCCAGCAGCUGCCGAUGAGUUCGGAGCGGCCCGGAGAGGACCAGCCGCCGCCGCCGCCGCCGCCGCAGGGGGAGAAGGGGAAGGAGGAGCAGGAGGAGGGGGAGACGGGAGCCGGGAGCCGAGGAGUGGACAGCCGCGCACCCGAGCCCGGAGGCAUGGGAACUUCAAAAGGUGCUGGCCUGAACCCCAACGCCAAGGUUUGGCAGGAGAUCCCUCAGGGCGGGACGGGAGCCGCUCCAGACUCCGCAAACGGGAUGGACAGCACCUGGCCGGACAGCCCCCCUGGCCCGGGCACCGAAGGCUACUCUGAGCUCUCUGCCGAGGACAGCAAGGCGUACAGUGUGGUGGUUUCCAGCCUGUCCGAGUGCAGCAGCACCAGCCCCCCCUCCGAGCAUGCGUCUGUCAACGACAUGGACCCCCCCGAGCUCGUCUUCCCUCUGUACGAGCCCCCUGCCGGGACCGCAGGUGACUUGACGGAGCAGCAGCUGGUCCCUGCAGAGAACCUGCGCGAGUCUCUGAGGAUGCAGCUGGAGUUCUGCUUCUCUCGAGAGAACUUAUCCAAGGACCUGUACCUGAUGUCCCAGAUGGACAGCGACCAGUUCGUCCCCAUUUGGACCAUUGCCAGCAUGGAGGGGAUAAAGACCCUCACGACAGACAUGGAUCUCAUACUGGACGUGCUCAGAUGUUCACCGAUGGUGCAAGUCGAUGAGAAGGGAGAGAAAGUGAGGCCCAACCACAAGCGCUGCAUAAUCAUUCUGAGAGAGGUUCCCGAGACCACCCCUGUCGAGGAAGUCGAGUUCUUGUUUAAAAAUGAGAAGUGCCCGAAGGUGAUCAGCGUGGAGUUCGCUCACAAUAAUAACUGGUACAUCACAUUCCAGUCCGACACAGACGCUCAGCAGGCUCACAGAUAUUUAAGGGAAGAAGUGAAAACGUUUCAGGGAAAGCCAAUCAUGGCCAGGAUAAAAGCCAUCAACACGUUCUUUGCGAAAAACGGGUACCGCGGCGUGGACUCCAGCGUGUUCUCCCAGCAGACCCCGUGCCAGGCCUCGUUCAGCUCCCAGCUCUUCAUGCAGCCGGUGUACAGCCCGCAGCAGCAGUACCCCCUGUACGGCAUCGUGCCGACGACCUGGACCCCCUCGCCCACACCCUACUUCGAGACCCCGCUGGCCCCGUUUCCCAACAGCAGCUUUGUAAAUGGAUUCAGCUCUCCCGGGAAUUACAAACCGAACGGCAGCUCCUUGAACAUCCGCCCUCCUUUCCACAGAAACCGUGUCCCACUGUAUUCAAGAAAGAAUAGAAUUAAUAAUUACAGGAACCACGCGAAGCCCCCCCCUCGCUCCUCGGACGGGGCUCCCGUAGUGGGGGGAGUGGCCCCCCUGGUGGAGGGGCUGUGCGGCCGCAGCCCCCUGACCCCCCGGAACCAAGGCUCAGUCCUAGGACCCCAGGACCAGGGCAGCAGCUACUCUGUGAAGGAGCCCCACACGCCUCUCUCGGAGCAGAACGGAGACAGCAGCCUUGCAGGCAGAGGCAGAAGAAGCACUUACCGCGGAGGGAGGAGGAGACGAGAGGAUGAACGAGCCAUGAGGCCUCCGGCACUCUCCGAGAUCAAAGUCCAGCCUCCCAAAUUCGACCUGGCAGCAACGAACUUCCCGCCCCUCCCAGGCAGCGUGGUGAGCACCCAGGGGGAGCCUGUCCUGGAGAACAGGCUGUCGGAUGUGGUGCGAGGGAUCAGCAGGGACAAGCAGGAGGUUAACAAGCUGGAUUUGGUGACCGGGUCAGUGGCUGUCGUGCAAGAGGAGCCCGUGCCCAUCGCUGCCACUCUGUACCCCGCCACAGGCAAGCCUGCAAGCCCUGUCUCCAACGAGCCCCCCCAAGCCAGUGCAAGCCUGCCGGAGAAGAAGCCAGCCGUGGAGGUUCCAGCCCCCAAACAGACGCCCAGCUCGGCCCCCCCUCCAGUGGUCAUGGCCCCCCUGCCCCUCGCUGUAUCCAGACCACCCCGGCCGGCCCCCAGUGCCCCCUCUACACAGACCCCAGCCCCCUCCCCCAGCCCCACUGCAGCCGUCACCAGCACCACUGCACUGGACUCGCGGAAACUGAGCUAUGCUGAAGUGUGUCAGAGACCCCCUGCCCCAAUCCCUGUGACCACGCUGCCCCUGAGAGAGCUCCGGGGCAACACUGAAGAGCCCACCGCUGCCCCCGUCACGCCUGCCGCAGACAAACACACGCAGCAGCAGCAGCAGCAGCCUGGCCUGGGCAAACUCCCUGCAGACAGCUACUGCAAGCCAGAGGGGCUAUCCAGAGAUUCCUACCGGAACAACGGACCGCUGAGAGGGAACGGCAGCGGGAUCAAACUGCGGGAGCAGCAACGCCGGCCCUUCCCCUCCUCCUCCUCCUCCACUCGCCGAUCCUCUCCUCCGGGAACAGGCAGACGCCUCGUCGGGAAAGAGCAGAACGUCCCGCCACAGUGAACAGGAAACAAGAGAGAGAUAUUUAAAAAAUAUAUAGAGAAAUAUAUAUAAAUAGAUCCGUUAUUAAAUAUAAAUAUAUAUAUGUGUGUACGUGUUUGUGUGUGUAUAUUUAUAUUUAUAUUUUAACGGAUUUAAAAACAAAACUGGACUCCUUCGUGAUCAUCAGGCGAGCGGAAUUCAUGGUCUGAGGAACUGUCAUGAAGGAAACGCAGCCGAAAAUAAUAAUAAUAAUAUAAUAAUA